AUGUCUACUUUCAAGCGUGCGUCGCAGCAUGGUGCGCCGUCUAGGGCCAGUAUUCUCGGCACGUUACGAGCCACUUCAAUGGUUGAGACGAAAACCUUUUUACCAGCCGAGAUUCUGGUUUCUAUCUUGGAUUACUUACCAAUUUCCGAUCAGCUCCGUUUUGCGAGAACGUCAUGGCGAAUGCGUGAAAUGGUUUAUGACGAUACGAGAUGGGUAGCAAGACUGAAGAGCAUCGGCUGCUGGAACGAGUUGGAGGCCAGGAAAAGGUUCGAUGAAGCUAUGAAACGCAAAAGGGAUGCUGCAGGCCACACCAAUGCCAACGGCGGCCCAAAUCCAAAUGCUGUAACUCAGCCCAGCACCACUUUAUUCGAUGCUGCCUUGGAGGAGGAACGGAAACAAGCCCUGGAAUCAUCCAAACUUGACGGCUUCGAGACCCUGACUUUGAACCCACCCCAGGCUAAAUCACCUUACGAGGAUCCAGCUGUACUACUCGACGUUCUCAAGAACGUCAAAAGUGUGCGUGGUCAUGCUAGGGAAGAGUACGGAAAAGUAUACGGGGCCUUAGCACCAUUCUAUUUUGACCUGGUGCAAGCCAAAACUCAUACCGAGCCCAUCGUGUUUAAAGUCUUUCGAGAUCCAGAGAGGCAGGCACAAAUGCUGUCUAAUCUCCAGGUCUUUAGCAAAAGUGACUGGGCCUCUGAUUACCUGCAGCGAGAGGCUAAACUCAUCAACAUGAUCACCAUCUUUGAAAGCGCCGUCCUCAGAGAGUUUGAGCAAGGAUACGAAUUUUGGGAUGUGGAUGGAAGAAUGCAGAGGUACGCACACGUCCUACAUACUCUGAACGGUGGCAAUGCGGCCAUGGAACUCUUUAUCCAGAAGCACCCACUAUUGAGCGACCGUGGAGUUUUGGGCAACCCCAUGGACUGUAUCAACCGAGGCUCCGAUGAGAACGUUACGCUUGAGCCCUCGCGCGCGUUUUUCGAUUUACUUGUCAAAAAAGUAAAUGAACAGAGCGAAUUGAUCAGCCGUAUAUUCCCGCAACCGGCGACUGUCUUUUGGUUUUUCGUUGACAAAGUUCGAGAGGAAAUCAUCAUGGAAUAUGUCACCCCCUUGUUGGAUGAAUGCCACGAGCGGCACAUGCCUUCCUACCUAAAGGCCGUGUCUGGCCUAUUCGAGCAGUGCAUGCAAUUUGUUCGGUCGAUAGUCCCGCCGAAGGGCUCGGAAAACAGCUUGGAAGAGCAUGCAAAAGAAAUAGCUUUAAAAGUCUUCGAGCCACACCUAGAUCUGUACUUGCAAGAGGAGCUCGACAGCUUUACAAAGUACGCUGAACACGAAGUUGACGAUUGGGAACAGAAGCUUUCGGAACAGGAUGCUACCGCUGAAUCCCUUUACAUGGGGAACUUCAACCGACAAGCUGACAAGAAUGAUUUCCUAAGUUCCUUUAAGAAGGUAGUAAUGAUGCCAGUUACGGUUUUACCCAGUGCGUUUGGAAGUACUCGGCCCAUGUCAACACCAUCUGCUAUUAGCUCAACCCAUCGAGCUUCGAUCGCCAGCAUACCUAGCAGCUCGUCUCGGCCUCAGACGCCAGGACUUGGGAGUGCUUCGGACCGGUCUCGAACCCCGCUGCCUCCAGAAGUUUUUAACGAUGAACUUAAGGCGAAGGCUGCACUUAUGGCCAACCGGCUAGAGGGGAUUAGAAGUCUUUUCAGUAUUGAGGUCGCGCUUAGCUUAGUGCGCGCUGCCAAAGAGAGCCUUGGGAGGGCAGCGAAGUUCAUUACACUAGGUGGCCAGGCCGGCGAAGAGGCUCGAGAGCAAUGUGAAGCCAUGUUCGUGACGUUGCUGAAAAUACUUGGACAGACCCAUGUCAAGAAUGGGUUUGCAAAAGCCGUGGAUCACCUUUCUCGAUACAAUCCUCGGGAGAUCAGUGACCAUAGCCAAACUGGAGUUGCGCCGCUGGUUAUGUUCAUCGAACUGGUCAACGUAGGUGACAUCAUCUCGCAAAUGAUCGACGUAUUCUACGAACAACAACUCGCGGCACCAAAAAUUGCCGACCGUAACGAUUUUCUUGAUCCUUCAGGUCUAGCCAAGAAGAAAUUCGAGCAGAUGCUGGAUGAGAGCGUGGCAGCGGGUCUUAACAAAGGUAUCGAUGUGCUCAUGGAUGAAGUCGAAUUCCUUUGCGCUACCACACAGCUUCCUACCGACUUCAACCCCCUGCCGCCUUCGGAAGAGACUGGAAUCACUAAUGAUCCUGAUAUUGGUCCAACGACAACAGCGAUUCGAAUCACAGAGCUUGUGGCUUCCCAUACGAAGAUGUUAGUCGGAAGCACGGAGAAGACUAUGCUAGACGUGUUUAACAGCGAAGUCGGUCUCCGCUUAUUCACAGCUGUAUGCAAGCAUAUCAAACGACAACGUAUCAGCACCGAGGGCGCAAUUAAACUCAUUGCAGAUAUGACCAUGUAUUUUGAUUAUAUCCGGACACUUAAGAACCAAGAUCUGCUGGCAUAUUUCAAGGCGUUGCGGGAAUUAAGUCAGAUUUACCUCAUUGAUCCUCGGCAUGCUAAGGAGAUGGCAACGAUUAUUGCGGACGGCGAUCGAUUCGGAGGCAUAUUCCGCGCCGAAGAAGUGUAUGAGUUUGCCGAAAGAAGGGCUGACUGGUAUCAGGUUAAGAAGGAUGUCGAACGGGCAAUGUACGGGCUAGAAUGUCGGAUCAUGUAA